UCGAGAAGAACCCGUGUGCUCUUCCGCACUGCAAUGACAGACUUCAUUCACAGAUCUGACCAUUUAGCUAAUUAAUGCUUAAACAGUUAUUGGCCAAUGUUACCGUUAGAUACCAAAGAAUCGGUCUGGUGGUCAAUUCGGCUAACACGUGCUCUGCCUCUUACCCCUUUAAAUCACUAAACAUCUUUAACUUUACAUAGAUAUUGGUGCGCUUUACUCUCGAUGUCCUCUUGCGGAAAGAAACCCGCAGACAUGCAAGAAAUCUGAAAAAUAAUUAUUAAAAACACGUAGAAAACGCUAUUUUGUGUAUUAAAAUCUAUGCCGAAUCCAAGACUGCGUCUUAGUGAUUUGUGCUUUAUAUUUAAAUAUAUUGAAAUAUGUGUUAAUAUUCACAGGUAAUAAAGGACACUUAAAAUGAUAGGAUUUUCAAUUGAAUUCUGAAUGACUUUUUCUUGAAGGCAGAUUGGUUUCAGGGUAUUACAGUUAACAUUCUCACUGUUAAAACAAUCUUAUUUGCACCGUUUAGCCGUGUUUUUAUUAUAAAGCAAUUAUUAUUGAAUUUAAAAUGUAACCAAUUUAAAAUGUAACAAUGCAAACAAUAAAAACAUCACAUCACCAGCAGUAAAACAUGAACCAUAACUUGCAGGGGUUUACGGUAAAAUGGGGCGGGACUAAACUUUAACCAGGAAGUUUACUACACAGCUCCGUGUUUACACAUGUUUGCACUUUCACGUGGGGAAGAUUUUCACUAUUAAAAUGUCUUCAAAGAAAAAUAAAAGCAAAUCAAAAAGAGCAAAUGAAGGAGACGGUUCACUCGUACUGAAGGACGGUUCAAAUGACUCCAACCUGCAAACCUCCGGCCACGACGGAGGAAGCUGCAAAAGUUCAAACUGCAACUCCUUCACUGUCAUUGAUUUCAUUGAGAAAGCCGAUGACAAAACACCCAAAAGUUGCAGAUCAUCUUUAGCCCAACUGAGCCUCAACUCAAUGAAAUCAGCCAGCGUAUGCAUCGGAAGACCAGUCCUACUGACGAGUCCCACAGGACAACAGGAGGUGUGUUUGGGAUGGCCUGUUGCCUCUUUCCCUGGUGGGAGAGUUGGCCUUCAGAAAUGCACCCAGAACAACCUGAGAGUUAAAUCAGGAGAUGAAGUGAUGCUGCAGCCACUAACAGGUCCUGUGCUUCAGGCUGAGGAGGUGUUUCUCUCUGCCAGGUCAAAAGAUGACAAACUAGAUACAGACGAGUUCAAGAACUUCCUCCUGAGGUCUUUGGUUGGAAACAUCGUUCUGCCAGGAAACGUCCUCUCCCUGACCUACUUUGGCCGGUCAUGCAGUCUCCGGGUUGAAGCUGUAAGAGGGGAGGACGGCAUCACCCUCCAGAGACCACCUCCUCCGUCAGGAUUGGGCCCUGACACUGAGGAGUCCUCCGUGAUGAACUCCAUGCUGGACUCCACGUCUGCUGACCUCUCCCUGCAGCUCAGCCUGCUCACUGUGGAUGAUAACGGGACACCAGGGAUGCCUGGAGAGCCUUGUCCAGCAGCCAGCACCCCACUCAGACAGGCCAACCUCCCUUCUCUGUACUCAGCCUCUGCUCCCACCACUCCUUCCUACAACUCCCAGAAUCCCCCUGCAGGGACAGGGGGGAACACUGUCAGUCUGGAGGGCUCACUCAGCUCAGAGCAGGCAGAGAAAAUCCCCACAGCUUCCCCUGCUGGUGCAUUGAGUACUGACACCUUCUACUGCCUCUCCUGCUCCACUAAAGUAAGUUUCAGAGACAGAGCAGGGCAGGAAGAUCCAGAUGCAGAAGCCAAAAGGUCAAAGGUCACGUACAGCAUGAUUGGCGGGCUCUGCAGCCAGUUGGAUGUUAUCAGAGAAACAAUUGAGCUUCCUCUGAAACACCCCGAGCUGUUCUCCAACUAUGGGAUCCCACCUCCUCGAGGAGUUCUUCUGUAUGGUCCUCCGGGCACAGGGAAGACUAUGAUUGGACGAGCCAUAGCCAACGAGGUCGGCGCUCACAUGACCGUGAUCAACGGGCCAGAGAUCAUGAGCAAAUUCUAUGGUGAAACAGAAGCAAGGCUGAGGCAGAUAUUCACUGAGGCGUCUCAGAGGCAACCUGCGAUAAUCUUUAUUGAUGAGCUGGAUGCUUUGUGUCCAAAGCGAGAGGGGGCGCAGAAUGAGGUGGAGAAACGAGUUGUCGCUUCUCUCCUGACUCUGAUGGAUGGGAUUGGUUCAGAGGGUCAUUCAGGUCAGCUGUUGGUCCUGGGGGCCACAAACCGACCCCACUCCCUUGACCCUGCCCUGCGUCGGCCAGGACGCUUUGACAAGGAGCUAGAGGUGGGAGUUCCUGGUGCUGCAGAGCGUGCAGAUAUUUUGCAGAAGCAGCUGAGUUUGGUACCAUGCAGCGCCACCACCGAGGAGCUGACGCAGCUGGCUGACACUGCUCAUGGAUACGUAGGUGCAGACCUUGCAGCUGUUUGCAAGGAAGCAGGUUUGCACGCGCUACGGCGAGCAUUGGGAAGUUUCCAACAACCGUCGGACCGGCAGCUGAUGGGGACGGUGACUGUCACUCUGCAGGACCUCCAAUGGGCCAUGUCUGCUGUGAAGCCCAGCGCCAUGAGGGAGGUCGCUAUCGAUGUCCCCAAGGUCCGCUGGUCAGACGUAGGCGGGAUGGAGGAGGUGAAGCUGAAACUGAAGCAGGCCGUGGAGUGGCCUCUGAGGCACCCCGAGGCCUUCACACGCAUGGGGAUCCAACCACCUAAAGGAGUCCUGCUCUACGGACCCCCAGGCUGCUCUAAGACCAUGAUAGCCAAGGCCCUGGCGAAUGAAAGCGGGCUCAACUUCCUCGCUAUCAAAGGGCCAGAAUUACUGAACAAGUAUGUUGGAGAGUCAGAGAGAAACGUGAGAGAGGUGUUUCGGAAGGCGAGGACCGUCGCUCCCUCCAUCGUCUUCUUUGAUGAGAUCGACGCUCUUGCCAGCGAAAGAGGAAGCUCCUCAGGAUCCGGCGGCGUAGGCGACCGGGUCCUGGCUCAGCUCCUGACAGAGAUGGACGGCGUCGAGCAGCUCCGAGACGUCACCGUGUUGGCCGCCACCAACCGGCCCGACAUGAUCGAUAAGGCUCUGAUGCGUCCGGGUCGUCUCGACCGAAUCGUCUACGUGCCUCUCCCGGAUGCUCCGACCCGACGGGAAAUAUUUUCCCUCCAGUUUCGUAACAUGCCCGUGGUCGAAGACGUGUCUCUUGACGACCUGGUGACUCGGACAAACAAGUACUCCGGAGCGGAGAUAACAGCAGUAUGCAGAGAGGCUGCCCUUCUGGCCCUACAAGAGGACAUCAAAGCUCAGCACAUCGAGGCCAGACACUUUGAAAGUGCCCUGAACACUGUGAAGCCCCGGAUCCCUGACUCUCUCAUCCAGUCGUAUAUCAGCUAUCAGCAGCGACAAAGCGGCCUGUGCUUCUUCUGACCACUGCUGCAAUGGACAAAAUAAAAACUAAGGAACCUUUU